AUGGGCCCGGUGGACUGGGCGAGUUCCAGAGUUUGCGGACGCCAACGAGCGUCUACGGGAAACGUGUCAGGAAAAUAUGCCGUACUGGAAUUCGAACCACUUCUCGACUCAUCCUCCAUCGACAGCAAGGGAUGGGCCGAGAUUGCGCAAACGAUAUUUCGCAACUACAAGUUGUUCGACGGCUUUGUCGUUCUUCACGGCACUGACAGUCUUGCAUACACCUGUUCAGCUCUUAGUUUCAUGUUGCAAAACCUGGGCAAGCCUGUCAUACUCACGGGAUCCCAGGUACCAUUCUCGGAGCGCAAAAAUGAUGCUCUCGAGAACCUCCUCGACUCCCUGGACAUAGCUGGGCACUUCAUGAUCCCCGAGGUUUGUCUCUGCUUCAACUCGACCUUGUUUCGGGGCAAUCGAACCACAAAGGUAUCUGCAAGCGCAUUUGAUGCAUUUGCGUCUCCGAACUUUCCUCCAUUGGCCAAAAUCACCGCAGUGGGUACCCAUGUUGAAUGGAACUCUGUCAAAAGGUCAACCUCACUUGAAGCCUUUAGCAUUCAAUCAGACCUUGAGAUACACCAUGUGGCCUGUUUGCGCAUCUUCCCGGGCAUCAAACCGAAAAUGGUAGAAGCUGUUCUGCGGACCGAAGGCCUUCGUGGUCUUGUCCUCGAGACAUUUGGUGCCGGCAACGCCCCCAGUGGACACGACAACAAAUUGACCCAGGUCAUCUCUGACGCUGUUCAACGUGGCAUUGUGAUUGUGAACGUCACUCAAUGUUUGACUGGCAGUGUCAACCCGCUUUAUGCACCUGGAAUGGUCCUUGGCCGAGCUGGCGUUGUUGCGGGCGGCGAUAUGACAAGCGAAGCAGCUUUGACCAAACUGUCUUACCUUCUGGCCCUUCCCGGAGCCUCGCCAGAAUCGGUAGCCAAAGACAUGGCGACAUCCAUUCGUGGUGAGCUUUCGGAGCACGCGGGUACCAUUUUCAAACAUCCGACUGGCGAGUUAUCAUCCCCUGUCGCUCAGCUUACAGCAAUCGCAUACGCGACUGCCAGUGGAGAUAUUGAGAAAGUGAAAGACAUCCUUCGCAACGACAACCAACUGAUAAACCGGGCCGACUACUCCGGAAACACGCCCGUUCAUCUUGCGGCAACUGGGCCCAAUAUUGCCAUCCUUCGGCAUCUGCUCUCACUGGGUGCAUCGGUACACAUCCGCAACCACACCGGUUCAGGCAGGACACCUCUUUUUCUGGCUGCCAACGCUGGCUUAUUACCGCACGUAAUGCUUUUAAGACAGGCGGGCGGACAUCUCCAUGCCGAAGAAUUGGAGACGGCAAGACUCCACGCGAGCCAACGACCCGAGGUGUGGAAACAGGCGGGCCUGGAAGUGCCCUAA